AUUCCGAGCGCCCGGGAGAGUGGCCACUCCCGCCCCGGAGGGGGAAGGGUGGUCUGUUUCCAAGUCCGGCUUGGUCAGGUGACAGCGGCGCGGCAAACUCAGCAGCAAUAAAACGGAAGAGCAGCGCUCGUGAGGCCGCGCCAGCCUGCAAAGAAGACAGCCGGCCCGCGCGGGGACAUGCGGCCCCGGGAGCUCCCCGGGCUCGCGCUCCCGCUGCUGCUGCUGCCGCCGCUGCUGCCGCCUUGCCCUGCCCGCAGCGCUGCGCGCUUCGACCCCACCUGGGAGUCCCUGGACUCCCGCCAGCUGCCCGCGUGGUUCGACCAGGCCAAGUUCGGCAUCUUCAUCCACUGGGGCGUGUUUUCCGUGCCCAGCUUCGGUAGCGAGUGGUUCUGGUGGUAUUGGCAAAAGGAAAAGAUACCAAAGUAUGUGGAAUUCAUGAAAGAUAAUUACCCUCCUAAUUUCAAAUAUGAAGAUUUUGGACCACUAUUUACAGCAAAUUUUUUUAAUGCCAACAAGUGGGCAGAUAUUUUUCAGGCCUCUGGUGCCAAAUACAUUGUGUUAACUUCAAAACAUCAUGAAGGCUUUACCUUGUGGGGUUCAGAGUAUUCGUGGAACUGGAAUGCCAUAGAUGAGGGGCCCAAGAGGGACAUUGUCAAGGAACUUGCGGUAGCCAUUAGGAACAGAACUGACCUGCGUUUUGGACUGUACUAUUCCCUUUUUGAAUGGUUUCAUCCGCUCUUCCUUGAGGAUGAAUCCAGUUCAUUCCAUACGCGGCAAUUUCCAGUUUCUAAGACAUUGCCAGAGCUCUAUGAGUUAGUGAACACCUAUCAGCCUGAGAUACUGUGGUCGGAUGGUGACGGAGGAGCACCGGAUCAAUACUGGAACAGCACAGGCUUCUUGGCCUGGCUAUAUAAUGAAAGCCCAGUUCGCGGCACAGUAGUCACCAAUGAUCGUUGGGGAGCUGGUAGCAUCUGUAAGCAUGGUGGCUUCUAUACCUGCACUGAUCGCUAUAACCCAGGACAUCUUUUGCCACAUAAGUGGGAAAACUGCAUGACAAUAGACAAGCUGUCCUGGGGCUACAGAAGGGAUGCUAGAAUCUCUGACUAUCUUACAAUUGAAGAAUUGGUGAAGCAACUAGUAGAAACGGUUUCAUGUGGAGGAAAUCUUUUGAUGAAUAUUGGGCCCACACUAGAUGGCACCAUUUCUGUAGUUUUUGAGGAGCGACUGAGGCAAAUGGGGUCCUGGCUAAGAGUCAACGGAGAAGCUAUUUAUGAAACACAUACCUGGCGAUCCCAGAAUGACACUGUCACCCCAGAUGUAUGGUACACAUCCAAGCCUAAAGAAAAAUUGGUCUACGCCAUUUUUCUUAAAUGGCCCACAUCAGGACAGCUGUUCCUUGGCCAGCCCAAAGCUAUUCUAGGGGCAACACAGGUCAAACUACUGGGCCAUGGACAGCCGCUUAACUGGAUUUCUUUGGAGCAAAAUGGCAUUAUGGUUGAACUGCCACAGCUGACCUUUCCUCAGAUGCCUUGUAAAUGGGGGUGGGCUCUAGCACUAACUAAUGUGAUCUAAAGUGCAGCAGAGUGGCUGAAGCUGCAGUUAUGUCUAAGACUAGGAACUAUCAUGUGUCUAUAAUUGUAGGACAUUAAUAAAGCAAAUGUACAAUUGUAUAAGAAAAGUAAUUAUUUUGGCAAUUCAGCCUUUUUCUUUUUUCCCUGCUAAAUUAAUGUAACCAUUUUAACUUUCCAGUGCACAUGACUGUAUAGUUAUGAGUCACUUAACGAUGGGGAUAUUUUCAGGGAAACACAAUGCUAGUCAAUUCUUUGUUGUUGUGCCAACAUCAUAGAGUAUAUUUACACAAACCUAGAUGGCAUAGCCUACUACACACAUAAUCUAUAUGCUAUAUAGACUAUUGCUUUAGGCUACAGACAUAUACAGCAUGUUACUGAAUACUGUAGGUAAUUGUAACACAAUGGUAUUUGUGUAUCUAACAUAUGGAAACAUAGAGAAGGUACAGUGAAAAUAUUGUGAAAAAUGGUGCACCUGUAUAGGGCACUUAGCAUGAAUGGAGCUUACAGAAUGGAAGUUGCUCUGGGUGAGUGAGUGAGUGAGUGGUGAGUGAACGUGAAGGCCUAGGACAUUAUUAAACACUACCAUAGACUAUAAAUACUGUUACACUACAUUUAUAAAACAUGUUUUUCCUCAAUAAUAAAUUUAUGUAAGCUUACUGUAACUUUAUAAACUUUUAAGUUUUUAAAACCUUUUUGGCUCUUUUGUAAUAACACUUGGCUUAUAACAUAAUCUCAUUGUGCA